AUGAAGCAACCAUCGUUCAUCCUCUCUACGAUUAUAGACGGCCCGCAUGGCCCGGGGGAUCGGAUUGAUGUCUUCCUUCAACCUUUGAUCGAUGAGCUUAAGGAGCUUUGGUAUAAUGGUGUUCGGACGUACGAUGCGAGUACUAAGGAGGAUUUCCAGAUGCGAGCUGCAUUGCUGUGGACUAUUAGUGAUUUUCCCGGUUACGGUAUGUUGUCAGGGUGGCCGACUCGUGGGGCGAAUGCAUGCCCUGUUUGUGGUUUAAAAACUCAUUCCAGAUACCUGAAAAAUGGACAUAAGUAUAGCUAUUGCGGGCAUCGACGGUUCCUGCCGGCUGGGCAUAGAAUGCGCUUUGAUAAACAUGCAUUUGACGGUUCGAUGAGCUUUGACGGAAAGCCUUCUCGCUUGACCGGCGCUGAACUUCUGCAGCAGCUUCAGGAUAUGCCUACUGAGUAUCGUACGGUUGACUUGAUUGAGAAACGCAUUGCACAGGGGUCUCGCAAGCGUCGCCGGGGGGUGGACGGGCAGCAACAGGUGUGGAAAAAAAAGAGCAUAUUCUUUCAGCUCCCUUAUUGGUCUGAGAAUGAGGUACGUCACAACCUCGACUUGAUGCACAUUGAAAAGAAUGUGUGUGAGAAUGUACUGUAUACAUUGUUGGGAACUAAGGGGAAAACAAAGGACAAUCUGAACACGAGGAAAGACUUACAGUUGAUGCAAAUACGUAGUUCUUUACACCCGGUAUCGGGUCCUAGGGGCGCUAUAUAUUUGCCGGCAGCUACGUACACCAUGAGUAACCCCGAAAAACGGAUAUUCCUAUCUGUGUUGAAGGACCUCCGACCACCUCAUGGGUUCAGUUCAAACUUAUCGCGUCGUGUGAAGGUAGAACAACAACUAAUAUGGGGACUUAAGAGCCACGAUUGCCAUGUUCUUAUGCAACGAAUUCUACCUAUUGCUGCCCGACGGUGUCUUCCCAAAAAUGUUGUGCUCGUGUUGAUUGAACUUUGUAACUUCUUCAAUUCGAUGUGCUCAGCUCAUAACACAGUUCGUGAACUGGAGCGAAUCCAAGAAAGAAUUUCUUUGACGCUAUGCCAUCUUGAAAAGCUAUUCCCACCUUCAUUCUUUGAUGUAAUGGAGCAUCUGCCUAUCCAUUUGGCUGAGGAGGCUAUGGUGGCCGGUCCGGUGCAGUACCGGUGGAUGUAUCCCAUUGAGCGGUACUUGGGUACUCUGAAGAGGUACGUACGGAACAGGGCACAACCUGAGGGUUCGAUUGCACGUGGAUACCUCAUGGAAGAAUGCGUGACUUUCUGCUCAAGAUAUCUCGGAGACAUAGAGACCAAAGAGAACUGGGCUGCUCGAGGGGAGGAGGACGGGACACAACACGGGAAAGGAUUGUUUGGUUCUAGGUUCAAUCUUGAUUACAAUACGAUGCACCAAAUUCAUUGCUACAUCCUAGGAAAUAUAGAUGAAAUCAGUCCGUUGCGAAGGAUUCACCUUGAUACUAUUAGGUCAUGUCGAACUCGCGCACCCCCACGUGAGGUGCACCAGCAGCACAACGAACAAUUUGCGUCUUGGUUUCAAUCAUAUGUAGAUGAUCCGACGAAUAAUGAUGAGUGCCCAAUCUCAGCGGAGAUCCGUGCAUUGGCGGGUGGACCAUUAUGCAAUGCAACACGGUACUCUUCGUGCAUUGUGUCAGGAAUACGCUAUCGUGUUCAAGACCGGGAUGCAAGGAAGAGGACACAGUGUGCAGGUGUUAUGGUUACGGCAGAUACAGUGAGUUAUGCCUCAGCUAGGGACCAUAACCCACGAGAAGGUUCCGUGGCAUAUUACGGGAUUCUUACGGACAUUGUGGAAGUGUACUAUAGCAAUCAACAGAAGUAUCUCCUUUUAAAAUGUGACUGGGUGGAUCUGGAGAGGGGCGUUAAAGAGGAUGAGUUCAAAUAUAAAUGUGUGAACUUUAAGUAUUUGAUGUACCCCAAGAACUUGCCCACGGAUGAGCCUUUCAUCUUAGCGACCCAAGCCUCUCAGGUGUGGUACAUUGCAGACCCGGUUGAUGAAGGUUGGAGCGUUGUCGUUCCGGUGUCACGGCGAGACACGUAUGACGUGUAUAGUACGAUCGAUCAUAGAUUCAGCACAGGGUUACCUUUAGAUGACGGAGGCAAUGUUAGAGGAGCAGCCGAUUACUGGCUAAGGGAAGGUAUUGAGGGGCAAGUAGUAGAAGAUGCAGGGCAGAUGGACCAUGCCGAUACUUCGCCUUCGGAUUCGGAGGAAUCCUCCGAAGAUGAUGGUGCUUAG